AUGCUAUGUCUUAACAAAGCUAAAAGAGCUGCCUGCUUGCGUGCUGCUGCUCUGCGGGGCCGCGCUGCCCGCAAGCCCGCGCCCACUACCCCCCGCCGCGCUGCGCCCACCACCCCCCGCCGGCCUACGCGUAUCCGCAAGCCCGCGCCCACCACCCCCCGUCGCCCUGCGCCCACCACCCCCUGCCAGCCUCCCCCUAGUGCGCUCCGCGCGCAGUCCUGUCUAGGCUGCAUAAAGAGUGCGCUUACAGGGCGCUCUAGUAAAAAGCACAGCUGCCUGCCCCUUCCCCCUGUUGCUGUUGUCUAUGCGCAGCAGUUUGUUGCAGCGCUUAUUGCAAAGGAUAAGCAGUAA